CCUGUGCUUCCUGUUUCCUCUUUUACCAGGGACCCGCCAACAUGGGCCGCGUUCGCACCAAAACCGUGAAGAAGGCGGCCCGGGUCAUCAUAGAGAAAUACUACACGCGCCUGGGCAACGACUUCCACACGAACAAGCGCGUGUGCGAGGAGAUCGCCAUUAUCCCCAGCAAAAAGCUCCGCAACAAGAUAGCAGGCUAUGUCACGCAUCUGAUGAAGCGAAUUCAGAGAGGCCCAGUAAGAGGUAUCUCCAUCAAGCUGCAGGAGGAGGAGAGAGAAAGGAGAGACAAUUAUGUUCCUGAGGUCUCAGCCUUGGAUCAGGAGAUAAUUGAAGUAGAUCCUGACACUAAGGAAAUGCUGAAGCUUUUGGACUUCGGCAGUCUGUCCAACCUUCAGGUCACUCAGCCUACAGUUGGGAUGAAUUUCAAAACGCCUCGGGGACCUGUUUGAAUUUUUUCUGUAGUGCUGUAUUAUUUUCAAUAAAUCUGGGAC